AUGGGACCAGAGGGCUGGGGGAAACGAAAUAGAGAAGGAAAAUUGUUGCUGGAAUUCUGCAAGAGGAAUGGGCUGGCGAUCGCAAAUUCCUGGUACAAGAAGAGAAGUAGCCACAAAAUAACUUGGUACAGUGGAGACUGGUCCCAAACUUCAGUAGUAGACUAUGUACUAGUGGAUAGGCAGAUGAUGAGCAGCCUCACAGAUGUUAAGGUCAUUCCAUCUGAGGCCUUAGACAGUGACCAUCGGCUGUUGGUAGCCACCCUGAGAGAGAAAAAAGAUAGGAGGGCAACAGAUAUACAGGAGAAAAGGUUGAAGACAUGGGUGCUGAAAGAGGCUGAACGGAGAACCCAGUACCAGACACUGAUCAGGAAGAAGCUGCCAAAGGAAGAUCAGAGAACAGUGGAAGAAGAAUGGGGAGAUUUUAAGAGGGCUCUAGUUGAGGCAGCUGAGACUGUGUGCGGAAGAACUAGCACAAAGAGGAGAAGUAAGGAAACCCCAUGGUGGAGCAACAUAUGUAAAGAGGCAGUACUUCGAAAGAACAAAGCCUUCAGAGAAUGGUUCCAGACCCGAACAGAGGAAGCUAGGGACGAGGAACUUGAUGGUAUAAUUUCUGUUGAGGUGAAAGGAGAAUUAGCAGAAUUAGAUGCUGAUGAUGAGACAAGUACUGGAAGUGAAGACACUGGCAAUACAAAUCACAACAGCCAGAGUUCACCAAUGAAGAUCAGUAAUGCAUUAACUGAAAAGGGUGACAUAAGUAAAAAUAAUGAUUUGGUUGAAAUUUUGAGAAUGGUACAUGAUAAUUACGAAGACAGUAAUGAGAAAAAGGGAGUAAAGACCAAAAUCAUAGCGUUUUGA